AUGAAUCUCAGGUGGGAUCAAUUACAGUGGAAACCUCACAAGGACCACUUCUUACGCGGCUCCCAGGAUUGGGGAGUUUAUAAAAAUGAAUUGAUGUUCGAUUUGCAGUCGAUAGGGUAUGUUAAAGGGAUCAAGUUAACAAACCUAGAUAAAGCAAAUUUCGGAUCAAUGAUCAGGAGAUCAGUGACCGAUAACCCAAGAAGAAUCAAUGAAGAUCUAAGCAGCGGGUCUGAUAUGAUGAAAUUACUCAACAAGACAUAUCGACAGUCUAGCACAAUACAGGCUGAAAACUUCUUCAAUGACCUAAUAGAGCUGGCUUACGACGGAGGUAACGCCAUUGAUUUCGUGACAAAAUUUAGAGUCUGCGUCAGAGACUUUAAAUCAACUGGUCAGGAGUUAGCUGACAAUAUCACAAUACUUAUAUUCAAACGUGCGGUCGAGAAAAGGGCCCACAGAUGGCAUUAUGAGGCCUCACAUACCUCAAAAACCGAACAAUGGUCGUUGGAAGAACUGUUCAACGAUUUUAUCUCCAACUACAGCCUCAAGGCUUUUCAUAACACAAAUAAAUACCAUCCCAACAGAGACUUUCGGGUAAACAACAACUUUGACAACAAAAGGGGAGAUAAGGCCAAUAUUCGGCUAGGUCAAAUUGAAAAUAGAGGCAAGCUGGCCUUUAAACCCAAAAUAAAUCAGGGUGAAAAGAACCCUGAGAGUAAGAACCAAGUUGUAUGUUACAUUUGUGGAAAAACUGGUCAUUAUACAAAUAAUUGCCAUAGCAAGAGGGGAACAACUCAAGGUCCUCAUUGA